AUGCGUUCCAACAACCUUUUGUUGCUCGCCAGUUUGGCGAGCUACGGUGUCGCUCUUCCCACUGCUGACCUGGAAUCCCGUACCUUCGGUCUCAUCCCCGGUAUCGUGUCUGGUGUCGCCCAUGAUUUGACCGGUCUCAUCGGACUUCUCCUCGGCGACGGUGGUCAUACUCCCGCCACCAUCCUUUCCGGUAUCAGCGCUCGGGCAGCUGCGGCCCUGGAAGGUGGUGCUCUGGGAUGCAAGGCCGGUGACAUCCAUGCUCAUGCCCGUGCUGAGUUGGCCGCCUGGGUUCGCGCCCACGCGGACCUUCACCUUGAGGCCUCUCUGAAGACCGCCCUUUUGGACUGGUGUGACGGCGAGGAAUCCGCCACUCUGUCUGUGGGCACCUGCGCCGGUCUCUCGCUCUUCAUCCCCACCUGUGCCGACAUCGCCGCCAAGGGUGAUCUGUACGUUACUAUCGACGGUAUCUUCUCCACCGCCGAGCUCGCUGCCGAGGUCGUUCUCAACGCCUCUGCCCAGACUCACCUGUCUGCAUUCAUCAAGGGCUCCAUUGGUGCCGCUCUUGAUGCUAAGAUCAAGGCUGGUCUUGGCCUUUGUGCUGGUGGCGGUGUUGUCACCGACCUGUCUGCGGACAUCAAGGCUGCCCUGAAGGUCUGGCUCCACGGCUCCGACUGCUCUCUGAGCGCCUCCCUGAAGGCCUCCGUGAUCGCCUGGUUGGAGGGCAAGCUGGAGGGCGAGGUCGUUCACCUGGGCUCUCUCCCCACUGGUGGAGUUGCCACCAUCUCUGCCGGUGCUGCCGUCGAGGCUCUUAUCGAGGAGAGCGGUGCUCUUUCCGCUAGUGCCCAGGCCUCCCUCGCUGCCUUCCUCAAGUCCGACGUCUCCGCCGGCAUCGAAGGCGAUAUUGAAACCGCUCUCAACCUCUGCAUCAAGGGAGGCCUCGCCUCCAGCCUCGACAUCGAGGUCCGCACUGCUUUGGCCACCUGGCUCUCCGGUUCCAGCUGCCGUCUUGGAGCUGAACUCAAGUCUGUUCUCAUCCUCUGGCUCUCGUUCGCCGUCUCUGGUGAAGUCUCUAUCGACAUCCACAGCGGCAUUAUCUCCGAGCUCACUUCCUUCCUGGAGGGCACCGUUGAGACCACCCUUGGUGGUAGCAUCCGUGGUAUCAUCUCUCUUCUCAUCUCUGGCGAGAGCUUCAUCAACCUCUCUCUUGAGGCUCGCGCCCAGCUCGUCGCCAUCUGCGGUGGUGCUGCCAGCGUUGAGAUCGACAGCCACAUCCAGCUCAUUCUCAUUGGCAUUAUCUCCGGCUGCGACACCGGUGCCGGUACUGGCACCAACACCGGCUCUUCCUCCUCGGGUGUUCCCAGCAUCCCCGCCGUUACUCCUUCGGGCUCUUCUCCCGUCAUCCCCGGUGCUUCUUCCACCGCUGGUGUCCCUGGAGUCUCUACCCCUGGUGUUCCCGAGGGCCCUGCUCCCACCGGUACCGCCCCUGCUGGCGGUGACGUCCCCUCCGGCACUGCUCCCGUUGAGGCCACCUCCACCCCCUGCGACACCCUGACCUCCCAGAACGUUGUUCCCAUUGUCACCGGUUCCGAGAGUGUGCCCACCGGCACCGCUCCCGCUGAGCAGCCUGCUCCUUCUGGCACCGCUCCUUCCGGUGGUGAUGUCCCUGCUCCUUCUGGCACUGUCCCUGCUGGUGGCAACGUUCCUUCCGGUACCGCCCCUGCUGGUGGUGAUGUCCCCGCUCCCUCUGGCACCGCCCCCUCCGGUGGUGAGGUUCCUGUCCCUAGCGGUGGUGCCUCUACUACCCCUUGCGACACCCUGACUUCCGAGACUGUCGUGCCCAUUGUCACCGGCUCCGAGGGUGUUCCCACUGGUACUGCCCCUGCUGGUGGUGAGGUUCCCGCUCCUACCGGCACUGCCCCCAGCGGUGUCAGCCCUACCGACUCCGUCAGUGUUCCUGAGGGCCCUGCCCCUACUGGUACCGCUCCCGCCGGCGGUGAAGUCCCCGUCCCUAGCGGUGGUGCCUCUUCUACCCCCUGUGACACUCUGACUUCCGAGACGGUUAUCCCCAUUGUUACCGGCAGCGACUCCCCCGCCCCUACCGGCCCUGCUGGUGGCGAGGUCCCCGCCCACUCCGGCACUGUCCCCGCCGGUGGUAACGUUCCCUCCGGCACUGCCCCCGCUGGCGGUGAUGUUCCUGCUCCUACUGGUACCGCUCCCGCCGGUGGUGAGGUCCCCGUCCCCAGCGGUGGUGCUUCCUCUACCCCCUGUGACACUCUGACUUCCGAGACUGUUGUCCCCAUUGUCACCGGCUCUGAGGGUGUGCCCACUGGCACCGCUCCCGUUGAGCAGCCUGCUCCCUCUGGCACUGCCCCCGCUGGCGGUGAUGUCCCUGCCCCCUCUGGUACCGCCCCUGCUGGCGGCGACGUUCCCUCCGGUACCGCUCCCGUUGAGGCCACCUCCACCCCUUGUGACACCCUCACCUCGCAGAACGUUGUCCCUAUCGUCACCGGCAGCGACUCUCCCGCCCCCACCGCCCCUGCUGAGCAGCCUGCUCCUUCCGGCACUGCCCCCGUUGGCGGUGAGGUCCCCGUUCCCAGCGAGGGUGCCUCCACUACCCCCUGUGACACCUUGACCUCGCAGAACGUCGUUCCCAUUGUUACCGGCAGCGACUCUCCCGCUCCCACUGCCCCCGCCGAGCAGCCUGCUCCUUCCGGCACUGCUCCCGCUGGUGGUGACGUGCCCGCCCCCUCCGGCACUGCCCCUGCUGGCGGUGAGGUCCCUGCUCCCAGCGGUGGUGCCUCCACCACCCCUUGCGACACUCUGACUUCGCAGAACGUUGUCCCCAUUGCCACCAAGACCGAUGCUCCCGCCCCCAGCGGCCCCACCGGUGUCUCUCCCGAGAUCACCACGGCCCCUGUGCCCGCUGCCAGCUCCGGCCCUGGCCCCAAGGUGGUUACCAUCACUACCACCGUCAGCGUCUCCGCCUGUGAGCUCUAA